UCACCCCUGAACACAAUGUGUCAUAUACUAAAUUAAACUAUUCUUGUUUUAAAUAAACUCGGGAUAUGUCAUUUGAAAAUAUUGCAGCACGAGAUAACCGGAUGCGGGACAGCAAGAUGUGCCUCGCACGUGCCUCAAAACCGAAGCGCAUCAAUUUGUGGCGCGAGAUUUUAAUCCGAAAGGAUCAAAGGCGCCGUGCAAAUGUUUUGAAGUCUGUCAAGCCGCAUUCACCCACACCUGUCUCAUCUCUGCUAGGGACGGAAACUCUCGGUAAAGAUGAUGAAACAUAUACAACAGGUUUUACAAUCACUGAUGUUACUUUCCCGUUGGGGGAGAGAACGGCUACAAAGGUCCUUAGUCGUAGAUGGAGGGGGACUACUGGUCCUGUUGUGGGCCGCGCCGGGCCAGCCACCCAGCGGCCAGGUGGUCAACUGCACAGUUGCAGUUGCAGGACCCUGGUGCUCAGGAGUCACAGUGGAAGAAGUCCAACAAGAGUUCUGGAGGAGACUGGGCCCCUCCCCCUGCCCUGCCCCUGACCCAGAGGAACUAUGUGCCUUCACCGAAAUCUAUGGCCCUCUCCACUUCCUUCUGUCCUUUCAGAUCAGUGAGGUGAAACUGGACAGGUGUAAGGUGUGGUCACACACAGAGGGCUUCUUGCACAAACUGAGCCUGACUAACGCAGGGGUGAAAAUUCACCUCAAAUUUAAAUUGGAAGGAGAAACAUACCAGAGAAUUUUUAGUGGGAAGGCAGAGAGACUCACCCUGAAGGACCAGACUGUGAUCAUGGACGUUGCUUCUUCUAUCACGCAGCCUCCCAUGUCAGUAGGAGCAGGCCCGUGGUGCCAGCGAGUCCACCCUGUAUUAGGAGGUGGGUUACCUCUACUUAUCCCGCCUGAGGCCAUGGAGAGAGGCCUGUAUGGGGAGCUGCACCUCCUACCAGUCACUGUUCUCACCCCCUGUGUGUUGCAGUACCCCAACCUGGCAACCAGAGUCACACGCAUACAGGUGCUGCUGUACAGCCCCAGUAACCUUCCCCUGCUGGGGCCCUCAGCCUUCCUACAGCAGCUGCCUGCCUGUCUGGCCCUGGAGGGGCUGGGUCUCUCUGGGCUUACCUGUACCCUAACACACUCUACCACCUCAGAUCCACUCUGCAGUGACACUGUGUACAGUAUAGACAGAGCACAGUGUCAGGAAACUGAGCCAGAAUGGAUCCCCGCUGUGGAUCAGAACCUCUCUCUGUUCCUGUUCCUCCAGCACAGUGACCCCUUCCACUCCCAGCUCUCUGACUUCAUGGCCAGCGAGGAGCUGUUAGAGCUCCACCUGGAGGAUGUGUUGAGGUACAACAGGGAGGCGGUGACAGCAGCCCUGAACACACUGCUGCAGAGCACGCUGAAAGACCAGCAGCUGAGAGACAAGGCAAGUGCUCUGUACUUGGAGUUUAUACACACUCACUCACUUACCUACGCAGGCAUGCACACAUACACAAAGUAAAACACUAUGUACUCUGACUAUACACAUUGCACAAAAUUCACUAUCAGAGAUUCUCUUCUAAUCAUAAUGUGUAUGGCAUUUCCCAAACAAGACUUUCUGUCUCUCUGCAUGUCUCUCUGUCUCUCUUGCCUGUCUGUCUCUGUCUGGUUUUCUCUCUGUGUGUCUGUCAGUCUCUCUGCCUACCUGUCUGUCUCUCUGUCGAUAUGUCUGUCUCUGUGUGUCGGUCUGCCUGCCCGCCUACCUGUUGGUCUGCCUAUCUCUCGGUCGGUCUUCCUGUCUGUCGAUCUGCCUGCCUGUCUGUCGGUCUGCCAGGCUCAGGAGAAGAUGUGCUCUGCCCUGGGUGUGAUGCUGAGAUCUAUAGGCUGUGUGGUGAGCAGCAGCACCAACAUGGAGUUCAGAGCAGCCUGUCUGGACCGCAUGAUGGUGCAGGACACCUAUGAGCUGUCAGCCUCUCUCCAUGAGUCUCUACAGAGAGUCACAGCUGGCCGUGUAGUGCCUAGUGGCAGGUGUUACUGGGGACAGGCGGACACACUCACCUGCAGCAGACCUAAGAACUUUGCAAGUGGGAAGGAAAUCUGAACAUGCUGACGUUUCGUUCUCUUGUACUAUAACAGUCAAUUAAUUGUAUUUGUUUUGUAUUAUAUAUUGUGAUAUUAAGUGCGAUAUAAAUAUGUAUGUUUCUAUGAUGUGAAUGUAAAUUAAAACUGGAAGACACAG